AUGGACGAGCCGCAGGAGGAGCAGGCACCCCCAUCGGCGCCCUCACCCAGAGUGGCAGAGUCCAAGACGCAUGGUGACCGUCCAUCUCCUGCAGUGGCCCAUGGCGCCAUCGUCCUCCCAGAAACCACCGAUCAGCCUCAAGGCUCCACGGUGUACCCGGCACGCGUCCCGUCCUGCAGCGCCAGCUCUUCCCAGCAGGUCGGACACCAAUCCACCCCCUCGGAUCUCUCUGGCGACCGAGUCUUUCCUAUCCGAUCCGUCGUCAGCGUCGACCCUUCAUCGACAAAGGGUUCGAUGGCCGGAGAUGACCGUUCCUCGCCCUUCUUCGUCGAUCCCGACGGUCGAGAUGGCUCUCAUCGUCCGGGUAAGCCUCGAAGGGAGCCUUCGACGGCUGGCCUCCCGUCUUCCAUCACGGCAGCCGGUGAUCGAGCGGCUCGCCUGCGGACGAAGCGGCCCAUGAGCGGCCCCUUCUCGAGCAUACAGGCCGAUGCUGCGAGGCAGGGAACCGUGCCUCCCCUGUCUCUGAACGUUGUCAUGUCGGACCGGGAAUCCGAUGCGUCCGGCUCCCAUGACGGCGAUCUCUCCUCCUCCGUCUCUGCUACCGCCCCGCCCCGGCCGGAGAGCCCCUGUACCGUGUCAGGACCAGAGUCCCUGGCCGAGUUGCCUCAUGUCACCACGCGCUUCACUCACAUCGAAACCGAGGAUGGCCACGCCGUCAUCACCGGGCGGGACGGCACCUUGCAGCGUUGCGAGGACGAGCCCAUCCAUACCCCCGGCGCCGUCCAGGGGUUUGGCGUCCUCCUGGCCCUCCGAGAGGAGGACGAAGGCUGCUUCGUCGUCCGCUAUGUCAGCGAGAACUCGGAACGGAUGCUCACCUACAGCCCCAAGCAGCUGUUUGAGCUCAAAAACUUCAUGGAUAUCUUGACCGAGGAGCAGCAGGACAACCUGCUCGACCACAUAGACUUUAUUCGCGACGAGGAUGCCGAUCCUUCCGUCAACGGACCCGAGGUCCUCAGCCUCUCGAUCCGACCACGUCAGAGGACGAGGACCAUCAAGCUCUGGUGUGCCAUCCACAUCAACUCGGCCCACCCCGAUCUCGUCAUAUGCGAGUUCGAGCUCGACGACGACCGGCAGUAUCCGCUCAGACCCGAGGACGAGUCGACUCCAGAUACGCCGCACGAUACCUUGCAUUCGAACCCGACGUUGGAGGAGAUUGAGGAGAGCACCGAGAUACUGAACAAGCCCCUCCGUGUCUUGCGAAGUGCCCGGAAGCAGCGAGGCGAGCAGGGUGCCAUGCGCGUCUUUGACAUCCUGUCGCAGGUGCAGGAGCAGCUUUGCGCCGCCUCCACGCUCGACAGCUUCCUCAAGGUUCUCGUCGGCAUCGUCAAGGAGCUCACCGGUUUCCACCGAGUCAUGAUCUACCAGUUCGACUCCAACUUCAACGGCAAGGUCGUCACCGAGCUCGUCGACACGUCCCAAACCAUAGAUCUCUACAAGGGACUUCACUUUCCCGCCAGCGACAUCCCCGCCCAGGCGUUGAACCUCUACAAGGUCAACAAGGUGCGUCUUCUCUACGACCGGGACCUUGAAACGGCCAGGAUUGUCUGCCGCACCCAAGGAGACUUGGAGGUGGCCCUCGACAUGACGCACGCCUACCUGAGGGCCAUGUCGCCCAUCCACCUCAAAUACUUGGCCAACAUGGCCGUCCGAUCGUCCAUGUCCAUCUCCAUCGCCGCCUUCGGCGAGCUGUGGGGCCUCAUAGCCUGCCACUCCUACGGGCCUCGCGGCAUGCGCGUCUCCUUUCCCAUAAGGAAGUUGUGCCGCCUGGUGGGGGACACUGCCUCUCGAAACAUCGAACGACUCUCGUACGCCUCAAGGCUGCAGGCCCGCAAGCUGAUCAACACCGCCCCGACGGACAAGAACCCCUCGGGCUACAUCGUCGCCUCGUCCGAUGACCUCCUGAAACUGUUCGAUGCCGACCUGGGCCUGCUCUCGAUUAAGGGUGAGACGAAGAUCCUGGGCUCCGUCGAGGACAGCCAGGAGGUGCUGGCGUUGCUCGAGUACCUGCGCAUGCGCAAGUUGACCUCCAUCUUCGCCUCCCAGGCCGUCGGCCAAGACUUUCCUGACCUGUGCUACCUGCCCGGCUUUCAAAUCAUAGCAGGCCUGUUGUAUGUGCCUCUGAGCGUCGGCGGCCUGGACUUCAUCGUCUUCUUGCGCCGAGGGCAGGUGAAGGAAGUAAAAUGGGCUGGCAACCCGUACGAGAAAACCAUCCGGGAGGGCACCGCAGGGUACUUGGAACCCAGAAGCAGCUUCAAGUCCUGGCACGAGACCGUCGUCGGCACUUGUCGCGAAUGGACCGGGGAGCAGGUCGAGACGGCCGCGGUCCUCUGCCUCGUUUAUGGUAAAUUCAUCGAGGUCUGGAGAGAGAAGGAGGCGGCGAUACAGAGAAGCAAGCUGACGCGCCUGCUCCUUGCCAACUCGGCCCACGAAGUGCGAACUCCGCUCAACGCCAUCAUCAACUAUCUUGAAAUUGCGCUCGAAGGCACCCUUGACACGGAAACUCGGAAGAACCUCAUCCGUUCCCAUUCGGCCUCAAAAUCUCUCAUAUACGUUAUCAACGACCUGCUUGAUCUGGCCAAGAUUGAGGAGGGCCAAGAUUUGGUCAAGGAUGAGAUUUUCGACUUGAUGGCAUGCAUCCGGGAAGCGACCGAUCCGUUCUACAUCGACGCGAAGCGCAAGGGGAUCCAGUACGAGGUAGCAUCCCACCCGGGCCUCCCUAGGUUCGUCCACGGCGAUGGGCGGAUAUUGCGGCAAGCGAUCAGCAACAUCACGGCGAAUGCCAUCGCCCACACCAAGGUCGGUUCGGUUGAAGUCGAAGUUUUGGUGUCAGAAAUCAGGGAUAGGCAGGCCAGUAUCGAAAUAAUCGUCGCUGAUUCCGGUGCGGGAAUGAGUGCGAAGCAGCUGGAUGCCCUGUUUCGUGACCUGGAGCAGGUUAGCAGCGAAGAAGCGGAACAGGUGGACACGUCGCCAGACCUGUCGGCGAAAGCAGACAAACCGCGAACCCUUGGCCUCGGACUCGCAGUUGUGGCCCGCGCCGUGAGAAAUAUGGAUGGCCAACUGCGUCUGAAGUCGGAGGAGGGACAGGGCACGCGGUUCGUCGUUCAGCUGCCAUUCUUGUUGCCCGACGAGUCAUCUACCUCCAUGGCCAGUUUCCACACUAGCCCCUUGUCGCAUUGCGUCACCAUCGCUUCGGAUUCUGCGACCGCACCGGCAGGUGAAAUGACGCUCAUUGACCGCAGCCGAGCCAUCAAUGUGGUGCACGGCGAGGAGAAGACCGAUGGAAAGGAGGCCGUUGCAGGAAGUCAGCCCACCAUUGGCAGUUUGUCUAGUCAGGCAAGCCGCCGGAGUGGCGCUGACCGGCUCAUAAACGCCAUCCAGACGCCAUUGCCUUUCAAUGAUGCUCAGGGGGAGGAGAAUUUCACGAGCCAUCGAGACUCGCAAGAUCCCAUCCGCUCCGGUUCCAGCUGGUGCGCCGCGUUGAAGGCGAAUGAUGGGGCCGGCUUUGUACUACCCCCAAGUGUCAACUCGCGAGCAGCCAUCCCGUCAGCUUCUGCUCGCCCUCACCAGAAACAGACUACACUUGAACCGGGAGAUGCCAAGCCGCAUGUUCGGGCCAUCAAGGUUCCGGAGGAAUAUACGGAUAUUCCGGCGGCAUCGCGACAGAAUGAACAAUCGCGCGUGCUACUUGGCAUAGCAAGUGGCAAUGAGAUCGGGGAUGGUCCGGCCAAGACCGAAACACGAAAUGGCGAGAUGCACAGCAGUGCGCCGAUGCGCGCCCUGGUCGCCGAGGACAAUCCGAUCAACAUGAAAAUUCUGCAGAAGAGGCUCGAGAGAACCGGUCACGAAGUAUACCAUGCUGUGAAUGGCGAAGUCUGUGCUGCAUUGUUCAAGGAUGAACCCUCCAAGUUUGAUAUCAUCCUCAUGGAUAUGCAGAUGCCUAUUGUCGAUGGACUUGCAAGUGUCAAGAUCAUUCGCUCUAUCGAAAACUCGACGGAGCACAAGGGACACUCAAAACUCGCAGAAAUUAACGGCCGCAUCCCGGUCUUUGCCGUCUCUGCCUCAUUGGUCGAAACGCGAAUACGGACGUAUGUCGAUGCUGGAUUUGACGGGUGGAUUUUAAAACCAAUAGACUUUGAUCGACUGCACACGCUGCUCAAGGGAAUAUACGAUUCGCAGACACGGGAUUCCUGCCUGUACAUUCCGGGACAGUGGGAACGUGGCGGUUGGUUUUUAUCGCGAAAUGGAAACGAGGGCGAUGAUGACUUGCAGAUUACGCCCAAAGCUGAUAUGACUACAACGAGGACUACCAGCGAGACGAACCCGAUCGCGCGAGAUCUAGCAUCCGCAGUGCAAGAUACUAGAGACAUCUGCGUUGAUGAACGGAAUUGA